CGCCUUUGAGGCAAACUGCGAUGAGCAGGCUGCCGGUUCCCUUCAGCAGACUCACUUCACGGUCCUUGUAGGAUCUAUCUAUGUCUUCGCCUUCUGCUUCUUUCUCUUCUAGUUCGACGAAUGCUUCAUCCGUGACACUUUCCACCACCACUACUUCACCUUCGAAAUUCACCGUUUCCCCUUCCUCCUCAACGAUGUCGGAAACAAAAACCACUGCAGAGACCACCCAGACUCAGACAGUUCCCUCGUCUACCUCUUCAACAGAAACCACUUCUUCCACUUCCACUUCUUCCAUUUCCACUUCUUCCACUUCCACUUCCACUUCUUCUUCCGAUUCUUCCACCUCUUCCACCUCCCCAACGACGACAUCUACCUUGACAACAUCGUCAUCCUCUUCAUCGUUUACAACAUCAUCCAGCUCAUCCUCUUCUUCCUCAUUGUCUUCAACUACUACUACCACCACCCAAUCGACAUCCACUGAUUCAUCCUCGACCACAACCACGACGAUCCCUACAGUCAAGACCACUAGUUCUAGUCCAGAAAGCAACUUUCCAUCCGCUAUAAGCCCCACAACUACUUUCUCAACUACGAUCGUCAUCACUACCACCGAUAGUGCUGGUAGAACGACCACUUCCAUUCCUUCUGUUGUCACCAUGAUCUCAACCUCCACAUUAUCUGGUGGUUUAGUCACAACCAUCACGGAAAUUGGCGCCAAUCCUACACUAAGCUCGCAAAAUAACGGGAGAGGUAACAACUCGUUCUUCAAAAAUACCGGCGCCGUCGCGGCGGUCUUUGUCCUUGUCGGUCUCGCAGCGGCAUCAAUAGUCCUCUUCUUAUUCUUCUACAUUUGUCGGCGUCGGCGUAGGCAGAUCAGCGAGCACGAUGCUGCACUCGCUGUGGCUGGCGUCAAUCGUAGUCCUCUAGACGACGACGAAUUUGGGCCUACCUCGCGACCGGAAAUGGCUCACAGGUCGACGAUGGGUUCUAUACCCAUUUCCAACAGGACGUCCACCUUGUUCAACGACGAUACCAACGGCCCUAGCGGCACUAACGGUGAUUUCUACAAUCCGUACGCAGAGUUUGGUCACGGCCAUCCUGUUCCGAUAGGCGGUCCAGGCGGAGGGUAUAUCCCCGCAAGGACGUAUAGCCCACCGCCUCCGGGUGCGUUUAGUCCUCAUUCACCGCAUGAAAGUGAGAAAGGUCAUGGACAUGGACAUCACGGCAGUCAUUCCGCAUCUAGUUACGAACCGCUUCUCGCUGGUUUCUGGCAAGCUCAGAAUCAGACUCUUCCUUCUGCGACUGGUACUGGCGGCGGGACAGCGUCAGCUAAACCUCCUACGCCGCCUCCACGAAACCCACGGAGGUCUGUAGACAACCAAGUCUCGAAAGUGGUCCCCGAUAAGCAGAUUGAGGUAGUUGGUCAAACCAGGUUUGGUGCAAAGCGAAAGGAUAGUAAUGACUCGCAGUACUCUGCUGAGAGCUCAGAUGGCAGGUUGGUCCCUGGGCUUCGGCAGAAGAUUCUCGACAGGAGGAGGGAAGAGCGGGUUUCGGAAGACUUGAGAGAUGAAGAGGAUUAUUCAAGGCCAGUGCUUGGGGUUCGAAACAUCCCGGACGGCGCCAGCCUCGUCUCCCGUGACUCUUGAAGCGGUCAAAAUUUUCUUACGC